AUGAGCGGUGCUGACGACGAUUGGCUCGCGUCCGACGACGAUGGACCAGGAUCCUCGGCAAAUGCAUUGAUGGAGAAUCGAGAUCGCAUAAAGAUGGAGUCACAGAUGCACAAUAUUGGCUUUCGCGAAGGACUGGAAAACGGCAAGUUGGCUUUGUUGCAGACUGGAUUCGAUCAAGGCUAUAAUACCGUGGGGGUCAAGUUAGGCCUAGCUAUUGGUGACCUCAAAGGAAAAGUUGAUGCAUUGGCCUUUCAUGUAAUGUCAGGAGAAGUGUCCUCACCGAAGCACGCGCAAAUCAGGGAUGAGUUAGUCGCCCUGCAAAAGGAAUUUGCUAAUAUAAAGAUGGAAGAUCUGAUAGAGCCCGGUUGGGAACAUAUACAGCCAGAGGUCUUGUCGUAUGCAUCUAAGGAUGCAGUUGGUGCGAACUCGAGUAAGGCAAACCCACCCGCGACACAAUUUGGCCGUCUUGAGGAGUUGCGUACGCGUUACUUGAGGUGCUGGAGCUUGCUAGGGACGGAUCCAUUAAUUUGUCCAUUUUUAAGCAGAUAA